UUCUUGGUUGGUGGAUAAUCGAUUUAGUUAGCUCCGUCCCGGGGAACCAUGGCGUCGCUUUGCUCUGCGAAGUUCCUUCCUUCUCCAUCGCUCGAUGUUCUAGGGUUUCUAUCUACGAAGAGGAAGAUAUCCUCCGACUCGCGCUCGCUUGUUUGCUCUUCGUCGCGUGUCUAUGGUUUCUCUUCCAUUCACCGUUCUUCGCGUCGCAAUCGGAAUCCGCUUCACGUUGUGUCUAUGGCUCCUGAGGAAGAAAAGCUCACUCGUCGUAAUCCUCUCGAUUUCCCAAUUGAGUGGGAAAGACCUAAACCUGGGAGGAGGCCUGACAUUUUCCCAAAGUUUAGCCCUAUGAAGACACCAUUGCCACCGCCGAUGCCUUAUGAUCCUCCGGAAGAAGAUGAAGAAGAGGAAGAGAAGAAAGAAGAGGAAGAAGAGAACCCAGACCAAGAAGAAGAGGAACAACCCGAGAAGCAGCAAUAGAUUUUUUGGUUGGAGAAAAUAAAGAUGGGGAAACAUGGAGAGAUCAAAGAGGCUUUUUGUUUCAACUUUUGUAGUGUUUUGGAGGAGAAGAAGAAUCAAUCUUUUCUCACAUUUAGUUGCUAGAUUUAAUCUCAUACUCCUGUUCGUGUAUUAUAUCUGUGUAAUGCCACAGUUUCAGAAGCUAUCUUUUAAGACAUUCUCCUUUGGAAAUUCGAACCUCUUGUUUUUGUUGAAAAA